AUGUUCGAUUGGCAUCAGCUCAACCUCGAGCGCGGCUACCCCGGCGAAGGCCGAGAGACCGUUGUCAUCUAUUGUGAUGGAGCCGCAUUGCGAAAUGGCAAGACCGGGGCUUCUGCUGGGUAUGGUGUCUGGUUUCAGAGGAUCUGUCAUCGGGACUCGAACUGUUAUGGUCCGGUAGAAGGACCGCAAACGAAUCAGAGGGCGGAGCUGACGGCCAGCAUCACGUCUCUUCCUUGGGUCCUCUACGAAGGUUCUGCUCUUCGCCAUAAGAUCAGCCCCAUCAGAUCCCCUCUGGUGAUAUUCACAGACUCCAGGUACACCAUCAACUGCCUCACAGAUUGGGUGAAUCGGUGGCAGUUGAACAACUUCACUAACGCCAAAGGGCUAUCUGUUGUCAAUGAAGAUCUCAUACGCGAUGUAAUGGAAGUACGAGAGGCACAUGAUGGCAAAGUUCGUCUCCAAUACGUACCGGGACAUUCGGGAAGCUAUGGCAACGACCAAGCCGACAGACUUGCCUGCAUGGCCGCUCGCGAGUAUGAGCAAUACUAUUGA